AUGAUUAUUUUAUCAUCUCUGUCUUUUCCGUAUUCUUCUUUUUCCUUUGUUUUCAUCAAUAAUUCUUUUCUUCUUUUUGGCCUCAUUCUUCUUUUUCAUCGCUUCAUAUUUUUCUUUUCUGUAUCUUCGAUCAAUUUUCUUUUAUUUCAUUUAUUCUUCCUCCUCUUCUUUUAUUCACUCAUUCUCCAUUUCUUAUUCAUUUUUCCUUUCCUUUUUCUUCUUUUCUCAUUCUAUCAUUUUUAUUUAACUAAUCUUGUUCGCCCUUUCUUUAUUUUUCUUCUGUUUCUUUUCUUAUUCUUUCAUUCCUAUUCUUAUUCUUAUUCUUUCAUUCCUAUUCUUAUUCUUAUUCUUUCAUUCUUCCUCUCUUAUUUAACGUUUUCUUCUGUCAUUAUUUUUUUCUUCUCACAUUUUUAUUACUUUUCCUUUUUCUCACAUUCUUCUGGUUUCAUUAUUUUUUCUUUCCUUAAUCUUUUUCUUCUUCUUUUUCGUCUUGUUUUACUUUUAUUUUAUUUUUUCACUCUUCUUAAAAUAAAGGCAAACCAUCCGGGAGAAGAAAACACUGAAAUCGGAUGUUUUGCGUGUUCAUGUGCAAUAAAAGGACAUUACUUGCAUCUGAACUUCGACUGGCCAUUCACUGCAACUAAUCCUUCAUCGACCAUGCCGCUGAACCCUCUCCCCUCCCUUGCCGCUGGACCCUAG